GAACUAACUCUAUUCUAAUAACAUAACCCUACUUUCUCAAAAUUGUCCCUAAUUGUAAUUACUUCAGUUUCCCAAUUUCUAAACAAAUAAAAAACUUUAUUAGGAAAUUAUUUCUAAAAUGAAGACUUUUAAAAACAGUCGAGGUGAAUUUGAUGAAAAAUUUCUAAAUAGCCUAAUAAGCGAUCCGGACAGUGGCGUUUUUGUCCAGGAAUGUAAAUAUCACAUAGCUUUACAUCCAGCCCAGCUAAAUGAUGUGGGAAAAUCUAUUAAAGACGAAUUAGGUAGAAAGACUGCUCGAUACGAUGAAACAUUCAAUGGCAUACUCCUGGGCUACCAAAAUAUUAAGCUACAUUCUCAGUUGAGUAACAUAGGCCUUGACAAUCUGUACAUCCAUUUAGACAUUGAAGCUAGAUUUUUUGUAUUUCGGCCCACAAUAGGGAUGAUUUUAAAAGGUAAAGUGACUAGAACUACAAAAGACCAUGUGGGAUGUUUAUUGUACAAAAAAUUUAAUAUUUCCUUACCAAAAUCCAUAGUUUAUGACGAUGGUGAUGAUGACUGGCUGGGUCAACAUGCUAAAGUAGGCAAUGAAGUUGAAUUUAAGAUCACUUAUGUUGACCUCAGUGGAAGGCUGCCACAUAUCAGAGGAGAUAUACGGCACCUAGAUCAAAAACCUGAAUGUUUAAAGAUAAAAGGUGAGCUUUUUGAUUCAGAAGUGCCAGCUGAUAGUUCAGUGAAUGCUGAUAAUGAUAUAACACCUGCUCCAGUAAAUGGUCUAAAAAAGGCUAAAAGGAAGAAAUCACAGUCAAUUUCACAUAAUACUUUAUUAGAAAAUGUCAAAGAUGAACUCUUUGAACUUGCAGUGCCAGCUCAAAAUUCACUGAAUGGUGAUGAUAUUACAACACCCUCUUGCAUAAAUGAUCUAAAAAAGGCUAAAAGAAAAAAAUCACAAUCAAUAUCAGAGGAUACUUUGUUAGAAAGUGUAAAAGAUGACUUUUUUGAUGACAGUACAACACCCCUUUCAAUAAAUGGUCUAAAAAAGAGUAAAAGAAAGAAAUCACACUCAUUUUCACAUGAUAGUUUGUUAGACAAUGUAAAAUGUGAACUUUUUGAACUAGCAGUCCCAGCUGAUAGUUCAGUGAGUUUUGAUGACAAUAAAACACUCUCUUCAAUAAAUGGCCCAAAAAAGUCAAAAAGGAGGAAAUCAGAGUCACUUUCACAGGAUACUUUCUUAGACAAUGUAAAGGAUGAGCUUAUUAAACCAGAGGGGCUUGCUGAUGACAGUACGUUCACUUCAAUAAAUAGUCCAAAAAAGAUUAAAAAGCACAGAUUACAGUCAGUUGCACAGGAUACUAUCUUAGAUGAUGUUAAGGUUUUUGAUUCAGUGCUGCCAGCUGAUAGUUCGGUGAAUUUUGAUGACAUUAAAACACUACCCACAAUAAGUGUUCUAAAAAAAAAUAAAAAGAAAAGAUUAGAGUCACUUGCACAGGAUAUUAUGUUAAAUGAUGUAAAAGAUGAGCUUUUUGAACCAGCAGUUCUGGCUGAUCAACCAGUUACUUUUGAUGACUGUACAACAAUCACUCCAAUAAAUAGUGCAAAAAUAAGUAAAAGGAAGAGAUCACACUCAUUUUCACAGGAUACAUUGUUAGACAAUGUAAAAGAUGAACAUGACAGUAAAACACUCUCAAAUCAAUCUUCAAUAAAUGGUGCAAAGAAAGCUAAAAGAAGGAAAUCACAGUCAGUUGCACAGGAUACCUACAUAGACAAUGUAAAAGAGCUUUUUACAUCAGCAGUGCCGGCGGAUUUUGAUGACAGUGCAACAAACACUUCCGUAAAUAGCCUGAAAAAGAUUAAAAAGAAGAGAUUACAAUCAGUGGCACAGGAUCCUAUGUUAAACGAUGCAAAAGAUGAGUUGGUUGAACCAGUAGUGCCAGCUGAUAGUUCAGUGACUUUUGAUGACUGUACCAAAAUGUCUUUAUUAAACGGUGCAAAAACAACUAAAAGAAAGAGAUCUCACUCAGUUUCACAGGAUCCUUUUUUAGACAAUGUAAAAGUUGAUACAUCAGUGCCGGCUGAUAGUCCAAAAAAGUCUAAAAGGAAGAGAUCACAGUCAGUUUCACAAGAUACCUUUUUAGGCAAUAUAAAAGUUGAGCCUGUUGAAUCUGAUAAUUUAGUGAAUUUUGAUGACCGUACAACACUUCCUACAAUAAAUGCUCUUAAAAAGAAUAAAAAGAAGAGAUUACAGUCAGUUACACAGGAUUCUAUGUUAAACGAUGUAAAAGAAGAGCUUGUGGAACCAGCAGUGUCAGCUGAUAAUUCAGUGUCAUCCCCUUCAAUGAAUAGUCCAAAAAAGACUAAAGGGAAAAAAUCACAAUCAGCUUCACAGGACAUUUUGUUAGAUAAGGUAAAAAUUGAGCCUGUUGAGGAUUUUGAUGAGAGUUCAAUAAAUGGUUUAAAAAAGGCUAAGAGAAUCAAAUCGCACUCAGUUUCACAAGAUACAUUCUUAGACAAUGUAAAAUUGGAGACUGAUUUAGGCAAUAUAAAGUUAGAACAAGAUAGUGAUCUAGAGAAACAUCAAAAGAAAAAAAUAAAGAAAAAACUUAUUUUAACUUCUAAUUUAUAGUUCCUGCUUCCUAGUUUUAUUUACAGUUCUGUCCAGUGAAUGUUUUUAUUCAUGAAUAUUAAAUAUUGCUAUAAUUUUUCUAAGAAUAAAUUCUAUAUGUAUAUAAAAGAGACCCACCCACAUAGUAUCCAAGAGUAUGUACAAAUAUUAAUUUUUUGUUAUCUCAUAUUGUUGAAAAUUUUAUAAUUUUUUGGAAUGAUGAAUUUUCUCUUUAAUAUAUUUCCAAACUCAAUUUUACAUUAAGGUUAGUAUAAUACAUACAUAUACAUACAUUAUACAUACAUAAGUAUAGUUAAAUAUAUUAUUUACAACCAACAUUUCUUAUGUAGUUUAAUUAAAAGUUGGCUUCUUUAUUUGUAGUAAAAGAUAAUUUGUUAAGAAAAUUGUGUUUUAUUGUUUAAGAAAAUUACAUAAUAAAAAUCAUUUUACUAGCAAACAUGUAGUAACUCUUGUAUCUGAUGUAUCUUUGUGAUAUCUGACUGAGAUGAGGAUAUAGUACUAAAAAAAUUACUAUAUUGGAAAGGGGUGAAAUAGCCAAGAUCUGACCCCCCAGUUUCUGCAUCACUGAAGACUUUUUCAUAUAGAUUCAAUCAUUCUGAAAAAAAAUCAAUCUGCUAGGUAUAUGAGCUCAAAUAAGAUAGAUGGUUAUGGACAUUUGUUAAGAUGUAACAAGAAAAUAAGCUCAAAUUUUUGAAAAACUAAAUUUUUUUUUUAUUAUCAGCAAAAUUAUCUAGGACAAGGAAACCUAUUUAAAUUUGUAAAUAAAACUUAAAAAUAAGAUAUGUA